AGCCGAAGAUGUCGGCUCGGUCAUGUGAUCAGCUGUGUCCAAUCACAGCUGAUCACAUGGGACAUGUGCACUGAUCAUCAGGGCACUGAUGAUCAGUGUGCCCUGAUGAUCAGUGCGGCCCCAGAAGUGCCACCUGUCAGUGCCUAUCAAUGCCACCUCAAUGCCUACUAGUGCACAUCAAUGCCACAUAUCAGUGCCCAUCUGAUCAUCAGUGUCACCUAUCAGUGCCAGUCAGUGCCACCUAUCAGUGCCAGUCAGUGCCACCUAUCAGUGUGCAUCAGUGCCACCUAUCAAUGCCCAUCAGUGUCGCCUAACAGUGCUGCAUCAGUGA